UGAAACUGGAACUUGAAGCGCGCAGUUCAGACCGAGAGUUGUGAAAGUCCGGAUCGUUCGGGAGCAGAAUGGCAUCGGUUCAGUUGGUUGUUCUAGGCGUUCUCGGGUUGCUUCUGGUGUCAGGCAAUGCACGGGCUGAGCUGCACAUGGAACCGGCUACGCUGAAAUCGGCUUUAUUUAUGAAGCAUGUGAUAGAGGAGUGCCGGAACACUACCGGAGACGACGAGGCAUUCAUGGAGCUGGUCUCGUUCAUGCAAAGCGAUACUCCCCAAUGUUUCAUGCAGCAUGUAAAUAUGACCUACAUGCAUAUUUCGUUGGAUGAUUUGAGCAAAGCCGAGCUAGCCAAACUCCUGGGAGACAUUUGCGGUCAACUGGAGAAGGCGGUGGUCUGCAUCGAACCGAUUGUGGACAAGAUCAAACCGUGCAUAAAGGACGAGGAUGACAUACAGAUGCUGACAAAGAUUGUGAACACCGUUCCGGAGGCGCUGAAAGUGCUCUGCAACAACAGUGGAGCGAUGUUGUCAGAACUGCGUGAACCUCUGUAUCGAUCGUGCGCCGUCGAACUUGCACCGGGCAUCGCCGAUUGCAUAGGUGUCAUCAGCAACAGUACGAUGAGGAUGAACCGGAAGGGCUACACCGUCAAUGAGUGCAAUGAAAUUCACGAAAUGAGAGACUGCUUCGACCGGAACAUUCGUGAAUGUGGGGCGCUGAUUUAUCUAGAGCUGUUUAACCUGUUCUUCAGGAACCUGAUUUCGCUUACGCCGUGCAAGUGAUGUGAGAGUUGAGAGCAAGCUUUGUUUACGAAUAUAAUCAUAAAAUAAAAUUGUAGCUGGUCGUUCACUAUAAAGAAAUAUAGAAGGCUUACCUUCAUUGUCGUCCCGAUCUACUUUACCGGCAUAGGAUUUACUAAAACUAAUGUUUUCAAGAACUUCCAGGUAAAUACAGAAAACACGGAAAAUGGCAAUGAAAAUAGAACCCAAAAAUAUGUAACGUCAAAUUAACGAGUCACUUUCCGGGCUUUUUUCCAGCACAUUAAUUAACCAAAAUGAAAGAUUGAAGCCUUUGAAACAUUGUAGCAGAUGCAAGUGUUCCUUCUGGUUUGCUAUUUUCUUGACAAU